CCGCCCACGAGGCUUGGAAACGCUGUCCUAGGAAUGCAGAAGUUGCGGCCCCGCCUCACCUCUGGGGCGGAACCAAUUGUGACGGCUGCGAGGUUUCUUGCCGGCGCUACAAAGGUGCGGCCCGAGAGCGGCGGAGUGCGCCGGCGUGACGCGGCCGCGCGGAGUGGGCGGGGCCAAGACGGCGGCGGCUUGCCAGAUCGAGAGCUAGAGCGAGAGGCUGUUGUGAGACGACGGCUCCCCAAACCGACCGCCAUGAGCACCAAGCAGGUCACCUGCAGGUAUUUUAUGCAUGGUGUGUGUCGGGAAGGAAACCAGUGCCUGUUCUCUCAUGACUUGGCAAACAGCAAGCCAUCUACCAUCUGCAAAUACUACCAGAAAGGCUAUUGUGCCUAUGGAACUCGUUGCAGAUACGAUCACACGAGGCCCUCUGCUGCAUCUGGUGGUGCCGUGGGCACCGGGCCCCACGGUGUGCCAUCCCCAGCUUUCCACAGUCCUCAUCCUCCUGACCUUACUGCGUCAAUCGUGAAAACCAACUUACACGAGCCUGGGAAACGUGAGAAGAGGACAUUGGUACUUAGAGACCGAAACCUCUCUGGCCUAGCUGAAGAAAAGACCUGCCCAAGUGUUUUGAGUAACCCAGGAGGCUGCAGUGACCUGCCGAAUAGCCCAGAGAUGAAGCCACAUUCUUACCUGGAUGCCAUCAGGAGUGGUCUGGACGACUUAGAGGCCAGCAGCUCCUACAGCAGCGAGCAGCAGCUGUGCCCCUAUGCGGCCGCUGGGGAGUGCCGCUUUGGGGAUGCGUGUGUCUACCUGCAUGGGGAAGUAUGUGAGAUCUGUAGGUUACGAGUCCUGCACCCCUUCAACCCAGAGCAAAGGAAGGCUCACGAGAAGACCUGCAUGUCGACCUUCGAACACGAGAUGGAGAAGGCCUUUGCCUUCCAGGCCAGUCAGGACAAAGUGUGCAGCAUCUGCAUGGAGGUGAUCCUUGAGAAGGCGUCGGCCUCGGAGCGAAGGUUCGGGAUCCUCUCCAACUGCAACCACACGUACUGCUUGUCCUGCAUCAGGCAGUGGAGGUGUGCCAAGCAGUUUGAGAACCCCAUCAUCAAGUCUUGUCCAGAAUGCCGCGUGAUAUCAGAAUUUGUAAUUCCAAGUGUGUAUUGGGUAGAAGAUCAGAAUAAAAAGAAUGAGCUGAUUGAAGCUUUCAAACAGGGAAUGGGAAAAAAAGCUUGUAAAUACUUUGAGCAAGGCAAAGGGACCUGCCCAUUUGGAAGCAAAUGCCUUUACCGCCAUGCUUACCCUGAUGGGCGGCUAGCAGAGCCUGAGAAACCCCGGAAACAGCUCAGUUCUGAAGGCACUGUGAGGUUCUUUAAUUCAGUUCGGCUCUGGGAUUUCAUCGAGAACCGAGAGAGCCGGCAUGUCCCCAGCACUGAAGAGGUUGACAUGACAGAGCUCGGGGACCUCUUCAUGCACCUGUCUGGAGUGGAGCCGUCAGAACCCUGAAGAGUAGAUGGCCGCCCACAUCUUGGGCUCCACCGGCCAAGCCUUCCCAAGUCAGGGUUGCAGAGCUUCCUUCACGGUAGCCAGAGGUGGCGUGUCUCUUGGAUUUGAAUGGGGUUGUACUUAACCUUGGUCUCAUUCACAGUUACAGCCAUGGGAGGAGUGAAGGAUAUAAAAUAACCUAACAAGUAUGUGGAAUCACUACUUUGAUAGUUGCUAACUUAGUUGCACCUCAAGCUCCUCAGGGGUACCAGCUUAACCAGCCAGGGUUUUACUUGAUUGCUUCAAACCAACCUGGCUCCUGUCCUUGAGCUUUAGCUCCCUAGACACAGUCAGCAUGCAGCAGAUUCAGUUUUCAUACCAAAGGAUUCUUUAGCCCUUAAAAGGAUUCCUGUGUGGUGCAUCCCCCUAGAGUAUUGAAGUAGUGUGUGGUCAAAAACUUGACUUGUAUAUUACUUUUCAAGAAACAAAGUGGGUGCUUCACACCUUAGCACAAAACUCUAUAUUUAGGGCUCUUCAGUGUCCCAGAUCAGAGCAGGAGGCUUGUUGCUCUGUUGAGUAAACAAAGUAUAAACCUUCUUCCCCAUAAGGAGGGCUUUUCCCCAUAAGGAGGGCUCUUGAAGUAGCAAGAAGUGCAAGGGGGUCACAAUCACAGGAGAACCUUGCACACGUGCCUCCAGGGAAACACGCCCCCCUGGCUCUCAACUGCUGGCUUGUGCCCUGAGGGUGUUCAUACCUGAGGGCUCGGUGCCCACAUGUGCUCUCCUCUGUAAAACCUAGCUUUGAUUUAAAAUUUUAUAAGAAUUCAUUAGCACCCAAGAAAAGUUUCUAAGUCUUCACCCAGCAGUGAUCCUGCAGAGAACUGUGUACAGAUCUUCUGUCACCAGAUGUAACUUUAAUUGCAGGAGCAUAACCUUGUGAGUUAAAACUCAAUCCAAGCCUGAAUCUAUUUUUAUAAACAGCUGUAGAUAACCAAAUAUUUUAUAAAAUGCAUUACUUUAAAGUGUGGGUAGAAGAAACUCUACCCACUGAGUUUAGAGUGCUUUUUGCAUCAUUUUUCUAGUUAACUCUUUAGUGAAGAGUGACAAAGGCUGGAUUACAUUCAUUCCCAGCAGAGGCUCUGGGCCCAUUUCCUACUUCUUGAACAAAUGGAGUUCAAGCUGUGAACUCAGGAUCACUUUAAAAAGAGGAAACAGCCAUUAAACCUACAUUUAAUUUAUUUUAUUAAAAUAACAUAAUUGAAGAAUCAUCAGAUAACUGUAUUUUGCAGGUGCAAUAAAAACAAAAUUAAAACCCAAAUUAUCAAGAAAACCUGUGUUCUGGCUUCCUUGCAUACACAUGAUGUGAUGUAGAGACAAGGCUGGCCCAGCGGCCCCGCCCCAUAGGGGCAGCUCCUGGAAGACUAAUUUAGCACAAUGGAAGACUGCUCCCUGAGAGGGUGGAGACUGGGAGGGGCAGGCCAAGCGCCUCUUGUGGAAAACCAUCCUAAAGCACUGGAGACCUUCAAGAAAGGUAAGUGUCCCCAAAGUCAAGUCCAUAGUACCAAAGCAGGCUCCUCCAGGCGGCCACAGUCUCGACAGUCCUGGGCUGUUUGGUGCAUUAUGUGCAAAACUACCUGUUUGGCGCCACACCACUCAUCUCAUCUCUGAAGAGAAGUCUUUCUGUAAUAAGUGUUGCUCAUAGGAGCUGAUUCCCGAAAUCAACAUGUCCCCCAUGUCAUGGCUGGUUUGCCUGCCAGUCACUUUUUUCCCCUCUGAGUGCUUUUUUUUCUUGCUCUCAAAUUACUCAUUUAGCCAAUCAAUAGCUGGGGCCCCAGAUCCCAUAAUGCCAUCAGCAGCCACUGGUGCAUCUGGAGAAGGCUCAGCACAGGAGCAUGGGACCUCGAGGGGGAGCAGGACAAACCAGCAUCGCGAAUGGCUUCCUUCUCCCAGGGCCAGAAUUGGAUAGAAAAGGCAUCGUGAAGUUAAGGCCCUGUGAGUGGUCUAGAAGGUCCUUAGCAGCAGCUUCUCUGAAGAUAAGCUCUGUCCCCACAGAAAGGGAGCAGAAAGGUGGUACCUGCUGACUUCACUUCUCCCACAGCGGCUUGAGCGCAGGUGCAGAGUCAGCUAGAAGACGGGCAAUCUCGGGGAUGUGGUCAGAGUGCAGGCAUUGAUGUCCUCCGUGUGGGCCGCCCGGUGCAGGGAUGGCUCAGAAGCACUCCGGUUGAUUUUCGGUAGAGAGUGUUGGAGCAGCUCGAUGGAAGACAGGAUCUGAAACAAGGCCACAAAAUGGUCUCAUCAGGUGGGGGUGGGGUUUCCACAGCAGUAGCCUUCCAUCCAACCCAAAGACACAGGCUGUGCUCCCCACCCCACCUGCAACAUCUUGUGGAGAACCAUAAGUCCCUCCCUGUGGAAAGAAAAACUUCCUUGUUUAUAUCAUUAAGAACACCUGCUUGGAGUUCCCUGGUGGCCUAGCAGUUAAGGAGCUGGUGUUGUCAUUGCUGUGGCUCAGGCUCAAUCCCUGGCCUGGGAACUUUCACAUGCCACAGGCAUAGCCAAAAAUAAAAGAAAAUUGCUUGAAUCAGUUCUAGUGCCUGAGCUAAGACUUACCUGAGGAAAAAGAGGCCUUUCUUCCUUAACUUUCUUCACACAGUCGGCCACAAGCCUCUUCAUUGCUUUUGGGCAGUUCUUGUAGAGCUUACUAAGAUCUGGGGAGGCAUAGCCUCGGCCCACCAUGAAGAUGAUCUAACGGAAAGAAGCAGUUGAGAGAAUGGUUGGAUGAAGAGCCUACACAAGCAGCACCUUCUAUUCCUCCUGCUUGGAGGGCAGUGGCCCAGGGGCUCGCUUGGGACCAGCACACGCACCUGAUCACGGUUGUUGAUGUGGGAGUAAGGGAGCUCCCCCGUCAUGAGCUCGUACAGCACAAUGCCGUAGGAGUAGACGUCGGACUGGAAGCUGAAUGGGUUGUUAUCCUGCAUCCGGAUCACCUCUGGGGCCUACAAGGGCAAAGUGCAUUUGUCACUACCUGGGCCCCACAGACAUCCAGGAGUCAGCCUAAGCCUAGCUGUCCCUUCCAUUGAGGAUGAAAGUUGUCCUCAGCCGCAGUAGAGCUCUACCCUGAAGGAUUCUGGCUCAGGAAUCCUAGUCUCUGGGACCCAGCACUUCUAUCACCCAACUACUCCAAGCUAUGCUUGUGCACGGUCCUCACCCUAGCUCCCUCCAGGAAAUCCAGAUUGGCCCCAGGCUGAUGACACUAAAGGGGUCACUGAGGUGGUCUGACUUUGGGGAAAUGUGGAGAAAUGCUUUUAUGUUUGCACACAGACCUCCAGGCACCCCUUCUUGCUCUAUACCCUGCUAAGGGAGCCUCGCUGCCUCACUCACCAUCCACAGGAUGGAGCCAGUAGGUUGUUCAACCUGCUGAGAACCACUCCAGCGCGACUUGACUGUUGCCAAACCAAAAUCUCCAAUUUUCACCGUUAGGCCUUCAUGGAGAAAUAUAUCUCAAUGCUUGUUAAGGACUCUGGUUUUAAAAGAAUGGCCAAGUUAAUUGUGAAAAACUUCCCAAAGUACUUAUUAGCAACACAUCUCUCUUCCUCGCAUAUGCCCCAGCCUUCUCUACACUGGACUUGCUAGGGUUUCUGAAGUCUUAAAAAGUGCUUUAAAAUGCUCCUCCUCCCAGGAGGUGUACUCAGGCUGCCAGAUUAUUUGGCUCCAGCCACAAACAAGCCAGUUUUCUCUCUGCUGCUUCUUUAUACAUCUAAGGACCAGGUCUCUGGCUUUGUGACCUUCUCACAUAAUGUAGGUGCAGCUCAGCGUGGCCUGCUAACUGAUCACAUCUUUUCUGCCUUCACUCUGCCCCCAAAUGACUAAUAAGAACACCCUGAGUCCUGAAUGCUAUCCUAAGACAUUUCUCAUGAGAACAGGUACCACUUGAUGACUUUAAAAUCAGAACCAGGAGCUACCAUUGUGGUGCAGCAGAAACGAAUCUGACUAGUAUCCAUGAGGAUGAGGGUUUGAUCUCUAGCCUCGAUCAGUGGGUCAGGGACCCGGCAUUGCUGUAAGCUGUGGCUGAGGUGUAGGUUGCACAGACUCCACCUGCACUGCUGUGGCUGUGGCGUAGAAUGGCAGCUACAGUUCCAAUUUGACUCCUAGCCUGGGAAUUUCCAUAUCCCACAGGUGCAGCCAUAAAAAAAACCCAGAAAAUAUGGAGUUCCCGUCAUGGUGCAGCAGUUAAUGAAGCCAACUAGCGUCCAUGAAGACUUGGGUUCAAUCCCUGGCCUCACUCAAUGGGUUAAGGAUCUGGCAUUGUCAUGAGCUGUGGCGCAGGUCACAGACACAGCACGGAUCCCGUGUUGCUGUGGUGUAGGCUGAUUCAACUCCUAGCCUGGGAACCUCUAUAUGCCAAGGGUGCAGCCCUUAAAAAAAAAAAAAAAAA